AUGCCCUCGGAUGUGGAGAAAGCUGUCAUUCGAAGACCUUUGCCCGCGCGGUACAAGCAGGAACACUUCAAGCGAGUGUUUGUCAUCGGCUUCUGGAUCCUCUCGGCAUUCAAGGGCGAGUAUCGCGGUCUGGACGAUGGGAGCAAGGAGUCAGCAGAAGAUCAGGCCGAGGCCCCGGUGGUCAUGCUCAAAGCGGAUCCACAGAUUGCGAAGGUGCAUGGCCAGGCCUUGGCGAAGGCAGAUGUACGGAGCAUGGCCGGGCUCCAGGCCAACUCUUCGGAUCCACGCGGGUGCCAUGCCCGGAUGCUUGGGCACCUCGGCUUGGACAUCGAUACCGUACCUGCAGAAGGUCUUUACAUCCUUUGCUUGUAUGCUCGGGCUGGCGAGAAUGUCUUUAUGGGCCGCUACGAAUACCGGAUUUUGGUGGACCAUGUGCUGUGGACGUGCCUCGAGCGUCCGAGGCUAAACCGUGAGAGGGAACUACCAGCUCCGAACUUGUUAUUGGCUGCCUACGCGCUGGCCAAGCUGAAGCAGAAGGAGACGUUACAGCGCCUCUUGCCGGCGCUCCGCGAAGCCGUUAGCGAGGCAACAUCCAGCUUAGCAGAUGAAGAGGUGCGCCUGCUGCCAAACGAGGUGUCCAAGCUGGCAUGGAUCGUGGCUGCAGCGCCAGUCUCGGACAACACCCUCCUCCUCCUUGCAGGCGAGCUUUCAUGGAAGACUCCGGGGAUGACGUUGCAACACUUGGCGCAGGUGGCAAUGGCCCUCGCUAUUUCCGGGAGCUCAGAAGCGUCUUCGGCUCUUGAGGCAGUGAUGUGUCGAGCGCUCCCCGAUGACUCGAAGGAAACCUACGAAGCGGCCGUGGCAUCGUCCGACCUCCGUACUGGAGAUUUGCAGGCACUGGCGUCAGGCUUCCUCCGUGGUGCCGUGGAUGUGGCAAAGCUGGCACCCCGCCUCCUGGCCGCGGCGGAGGCGAUUGGCUGGCAUCGCGUCAGCUGCAGCUGCAAGGUCAUCCUCUUCAGAGGCUUCGAUCGCCAUCGGGAGCUGCUGGAGCCAAAGGACGUGGCCACGGUGGAGGCAUACUUCUCUGAGGUCUUGGAGACCAUGGGCACGCAGCUAGACAAGGCUGCGGAACCUUCCGCCUCGUGGGCCCAGACCUGCCCAGAGCAGUUCCGCGCAUCCAUGGAGGACCUCAAGGUCACGGAGUUAGACGUGUCUUCUACCGCUGCAUUGCUAGCACGCUUGGACAUCGAUUGUGACUGGCCGAUCAAGGAGGACGAAGAGAAGCCGGAAUGGGAGGCCGAGGCCGAGUCUGUUCUGUGGCGGGUGAGGGAGAUUCCGGUCCUGGAGGCGCAUCCUGUGCCAGAUCGUGGCCAGACCUUCGGGCAUGUUGAGUGGAUGCGCCGGAACCGUUGCCUCCUCGAAGCACGGACGGCUGAUCCUCCGAAGCGGUCACGGCUACGAUCGCUCUCCGAAGGACCGUGA